AUGCUCGCCAGGAGCCCGCGUGGGGCCCUUGUAUUCCUCCAAAACCGUCCGUACGUCUGCCAAUCGUGCUUGCGUCGUGCGAGGAGCCUGCCAUUGGCUCAGGGUCAGUCUCCCACGGCAAGGGCCAUCCAGACAGCCACCGCACCACCGCCGACCGAUGAUGCGCCCUUCCGGAAGGCCCUCAAAGACGCUGCCAAAAAGAAGAAGAAAGAGGAGCGCGCUACCUCGGGCGCCACACGAAACUCUUCCAAAGCUCGGAACCCUCGAUUAGAGAAAUGGGAGCUCACCGUGGGCAUUGAGAUCCACGCCGAGCUCAACACCGCCAGGAAGCUCUUCUCUGCUGCAGCAACGUCGGCCAAUGCCACACCGAAUACCCAUGUAGCACUCUUCGAUACCGCAUUCCCUGGGACCCAGCCACACUUCCAGAAGGAAACACUUCUGCCUGCUUUGCGUGCAGCUUUGGCUCUGAACUGCGAGAUUCAGCACAGGAGCAGCUUCGACCGGAAACACUACUUUUACCAGGAUCAGCCUUCGGGUUAUCAAAUAACACAAUACUAUGAACCAUUCGCCCGAAACGGUCACAUUACCCUCUAUCCUCACGACUUCCCCGCCGGCGCGUGCCCCGACGAUGGUCCUGUUACGAUCGGUAUCAAGCAAGUUCAGAUGGAACAAGAUACCGCCAAAACCGUCCACCAGCCGCCGUCCACCCACCUCCUCGACUUCAACCGCGUGUCGCACCCUCUGAUUGAGAUCAUAUCGCUUCCCCAACUUCACAACCCUGUCACCGCGGCGGUAUUUGUGCGGAAGAUACAGAACGUCCUAAAGGCAGUCAAUGCUGUCACCGCUGGCAUGGAGAUGGGCGGGCUGCGCGCUGAUGUCAAUGUCUCAGUCAAGGAAAGAAAUGGAAACUCCGCGAACAAUGUGCACUCCUACCACGGCGUCGGGCAGCUGGGCCAACGGACAGAGAUCAAGAAUCUGGCCAGUGUAAAGGCCAUCGAAGACGCCAUCAUUGCCGAGCGCGACCGCCAGAUCGACCUCCUCGAGAACGGCGGCGUUGUCGAAGGCGAAACACGAGGCUGGACCCUGGGCAGCAAGACGACGAGGCGUUUGCGAGGUAAAGAAGGCGAGAUUGACUAUCGCUAUAUGCCGGACCCAGAUAUUGCGCCCGUGUUCAUUGGACAAGAUCUUGUCGACCACUUGCGACAGACGCUGCCUGCCCUGUCGGAUGAGACAGUCAGCACUCUGGUCGAUGGCACCACCUAUGGACUCACGGCAAAAGAUGCCAGUACACUGAUACUCCUCGACGACGGCGACAGGCUGGACUACUACUUCGACGUCGUUGAACACCUACGGAGUACGUUCUCGAAGCGAUCAGAAGUGCUAACGCGACUGGGCAAAGUCGCCGGCAAUUGGGUCCUCAUGGAGCUGGGAGCUCUCUUCAAGAACGAAGAGUGGUCUGGAACAAAGGUGCCUGCCGACCAGCUUGCAACCAUCGUCGCCCACAUACUGCGGAAGGAGAUCACAGGUUCCACGGCGAAACGGCUUAUCCUGAUGAAAUUCGAAGGCGAAGAGCGUUCCGUGGAGCAAAUCAUCGCCGAUGAGGACCUGUUCCUACGACCGCUGACGCACACUGAGUAUAUGAAUCUUGCACAGAGCUUGGUGGAAGAGAAGGCUGAUAUGGCAAAUGACAUUGUGAAGAAGCAGCAACUCGGCAAGAUCAAGUGGUUCGUGGGGCAGAUGAUGGCGCGCAGUGCGGAGGGGACGGUGGAGCCUGCUGCCGCCGAAGCGGUGCUGAGGGAAGUAUUGCGCCUGCCUCCUGUGGAGCAGAAAUAA